AUGUUUAAAGCUGAAUCAAAGUUAGAGGUAACAGAUUCAUCUUUUCCUCCAGAAUCAGAACUGAAUGGAUCAGAAAAGAAAGAUGAAAAAGAACUAUAUUCUUCUUUAACGGACGUAAAAGAAGAAGAUUUUUGGGAGAAGGAGGAGAAAGAAGAAAUUUUAGAAGAUGACCUAAAAGAACUGCCAGUAGAAGUUCGGGAAACAGUGAGCCUAGAAGACGACCCUUCAGAACCAACAUUAACGUUUCGUUACUUUUUGAUGACUUUAAUUUUUAUUCCUCCAGGCGCGUUCCUUGAUACCAUGAGUAGUUAUCGAACGAGUUCGGCAGCGUACAGUGUAUUUUUCGUUCAGAUAGCGAGUUACUGGUUGGGAAAGUGGCUCGCAAAAGUUCUACCCUCAAAGACAGUUCGGAUCUGGAAAUUCAGUUUUAAUUUAAACCCUGGUCCAUUCUCCAUUAAAGAAUGCGUCCUGGUUACUCUCUCUGCUGCAUCGGGAGCUACGGGGAGCCAGGGUACCACAAGUAUUUCGGUACAUCCCGCGGUAGCAAUUUUCUUCAUGUGGGCAAUUGUAUGGACGGGAUACUCAUUUGCUGCUAUUGCGAGAAACUUUUUGCUAUAUGAUCCCCAAUAUAAAUGGCCUCAAGCUCUUAUGCAAACAUCGCUAUUUGAAGCUUUUCGUAAAAGCGACAGGAAUUCAAAGUUAGCUACAAAGCAAAUGAGAGUGUUCUUUAUUGGCUUAGUGGGGAUGACUAUUUGGCAAUUUUUUCCUGAAUAUAUAUUCCCCAUGACAGGAUCAUUGGCAUUUCUGUGCUGGGUGGCUCCAAGGAACAAGGUUGCUAAUUUCAUUGGAUCAGGCAUGGCUGGGAUGGGAUUUCUUAAUUUUACCCUCGAUUGGAGCAACAUUACUUCUAGUAUUAUGAUUAUGCCUUAUUGGACUCAAGUACUUAAAUUUUGCGCUUUUGUUCUUGGUGCUUGGAUCCUUCUUCCUGCUGCCAAGUGGGGGAAUCUGGGAUCUUUCAAGCAUGGCUUAAUGUCUAACAGUUUAUUUUUGAAAAAUGGUACUGUAUAUCCGGCAACAAGGCUGAUGACGGAAAACUUUACAUUUAAUGAAACAGCAUAUCAGGAAUUAGGUCCUGGAUACAUGGGAACCCAAAAAAUUUGGAUAAUGUUUUUUGACUAUGCUUCAUAUAUUUCGGCUAUUACUUGGAUUAUCUUUUUUGGGCACAAACAAAUAAUUUCAUCUGGAAAAAAAUUCUAUCAUCGUUUACGGAACGGUGGAAAUAUAAGCAAUGAAUAUACUGAUCGUCUCAACAAAAUCCAGAGGGCAUAUAAAGAUGUUCCCUUGUGGUGGUUUGUUGUUUUGUUUGUUAUUUCAUUUGUCAUCUUGAUAACCAUCUUUGCUACAGGCAACAUGUUUAUUCCAUGGUGGACAUACCUGGUGGCCCUUGGAUUUGGUGCUACUAUUGUAACCCCAAUGGCAUGGCUAUAUGCGCUCAGUAACUUUCAACUUGCGAUUGGAACUUUUAACGAACUCAUUUAUGGAUAUAUGAUAAAUUCAGUUUCGGGCUAUAAGCAUCCUGCUGGUGCAUCAAGCUAUGGAGCCGUAGCUGGUGAUGCAUGGUACCGAGCACAAUACAUGCUUCAAGAUCAAAGGAUUGGUCACUACAUGCAUGUACCACCUAGAGCAGUGUUUUUUUCUCAGAUUUUUGGUGAGCUCUUAGGUGUACCUGUUAAUUACGGAUGUCUUCGAUGGGUGUUAAACACUAAGCGAGCGUACCUCUCUGGAGAAAAAAAGGAUCCACUGCACCAGUGGACAGGUCAGUCUUUAAUCAGCUAUAAUACUAUGGCAAUUCAGUACGUACUAAUUGGACCAAAAAGGCUUUUUAAAGAAGCCAUAUACCGACCUCUGCCCUAUGGUUUUCUCGUAGGUGCCUUGGUACCUGGAAUAAUCUAUCUUUUGUAUAGACUUUUCCCUAGGGGAAAGUUUCAUUUGUGGAAUGUUACCAUCUUUUUUUCUACGAUGUCCAACUUUUACGGUAAUCUCUCCACUGGCUACCUUUCAAGUUUUAUCGGAGGAACGAUUACCAACUUCUACUUUUACCGUUACAGACACAAUCUUUGGAGAAAAUACAACUAUAUCCUAGGUGCUGCAUUUGAUACAGCGUUUAAUCUUGCUAUGCUUUUAAUUUUUAUUUUUUUUAGCGCUGGAAAACAAGUUGCAAUGCCGAACUGGUGGGGAAACAAUGCUGAUUCCGUAGAAAGAUGUUUUGCAAGCUAA